AUGGCCUCCGGAAAGGUAUCCAAGAAACGCAAGGCUGUCACUCGCGAUGUCGAGCCCGACACAAGCAUUGUUUCCGGCGAAGAAUUGAACAAUCUGGACCUUUCUGACGGUGCUCACGACCUGUCGUCCGACGAAAGCGAUUCGGAGGUCGAAAUUAUCAAUGAGUUUAGUGAUGAUGAAGAGGAAAUCGAAUCCGAAAUCGACAGCGAUGAAGUCCCGUCUGAUAUUGAAAUUGAGGCUAAGAAAAGAACUGAAGAUGAAGACGAUUUUGAUCAGCCCAAUUAUAGAGUCGAGAUAGACGCCAACGGAAACGAGCGAUACGUGUAUGACGAGAUCAACCCAGACGAUAAUUCGGACUACUCAGAUGCAGAUGACAACGCUAACACAAUCGGCAAUAUCCCUCUUUCGUUUUACGAUCAAUACCCUCACAUCGGCUAUGACAUCAAUGGAAAGAAGAUCAUGCGUCCCGCCAAGGGCGAGGCAUUGGAUGCUCUGCUAGACAGCAUUGAGAUUCCUAAGGGCUGGACAGGUCUUACCGAUCCCUCCACAGGAAAACCUUUAGAGCUCAGCCAAGAUGAACUCGAAUUGCUUCGAAAGGUUCAAAUGAACGAGAUUCCCGAGGAAGGUUACAAUCCUUACGAGCCCACCGUCGAAUGGUUCACCAGCAAAGAGGAAAUCAUGCCUCUCAGCGCAGCCCCAGAACCCAAACGCCGAUUCGUUCCUUCCAAGCACGAAGCCAAGCGUGUAAUGAAGAUUGUCCGUGCUAUUCGAGAAGGGCGGAUCCUCCCCUAUAAGCCUCCCGCAGAAGAAGAUGAGGCAGAUGACGGUUUGACUCGCUACGAUAUCUGGGCAGACGAAGCUCCACGACCCGACCACAUCAUGAACGUCCCAGCGCCCAAAUUGCCUCCUCCCGGGUAUGAGGAGAGUUAUCAUCCACCUCCAGAAUACCUGCCGGAUAAGAAAGAGCGAAAAGCUUGGGAAGAGGCAGACGAGGAAGACCGUGAGAGAGAAUAUUUACCCACGGACUACGCGGCUUUGCGAAAAGUACCUGGUUACGAGAGCUUUGUCAAAGAGAAGUUUGAGCGUUGUUUGGACUUGUAUCUUGCUCCUAGGGUUAGGAGAAGCAAACUCAACAUCGACCCUGAAAGUCUACUUCCUAAGUUGCCGAGUCCGGAUGAGCUCAAACCCUUCCCUACAGCAUGCGCAACUCUUUUUAGAGGCCACACGGGCCGUGUACGAUCUGUAUCGAUUGACACAACUGGACAAUGGUUAGCUAGUGGAGGUGAUGAUGGAACAGUGCGUGUUUGGGAAAUUCUGACAGGUCGUCAGCUCUGGUUUGCCAAAAUCAGUGAUGAUGAACCUAUCAAUGUCGUUCGCUGGCGUCCUGGUCAAGAUGCUGUCGUACUCUGCAUUGCUUGCGGAGAUGAUCUUCAUCUUGCCGUGCCUCAGAUCGUCAACCCGGAGCUCGAAAAAGCCAGUCUCGAACUUCUUGAUGCUGGUUGGGGUUACGCAGCAAACAAGUCUUCUACCAAGAAUGGGGACGCAGAUUCAAAGAGUACUCCUACAAACUGGAUCCGACCAUCGUCAGAGCUGGCUGAGUCUGGAGUGUGUAUCACUAUACCCUUGCGCUACGUUGCCAAGUCUGUCUCAUGGCAUCGCCGUGGUGACUACUUUGUUACCGUCUGCCCCGGAUCUUCUACGCCCGCAAGCCAAGCUAUUGCAAUCCACACAGUUUCGAAACACGUCACCCAAAACCCCUUCAGGCGUCGACUCAAGGGCGGUGGCCCCCCUCAAGCUGCUCAUUUCCAUCCAUCCAAGCCUAUUCUCUUCGUCGCCAAUCAACGCUCGAUCCGUGCCUAUGACCUGUCUCGUCAGCUCCUGGUCAAAAUCCUACAGCCUGGUGCGCGGUGGAUCUCCUCCUUCGAUAUCCACCCACACUCCUCUUCAACCUCUGGCGGCGACAAUCUCAUUGUUGGAUCCUACGAUCGUCGACUCCUAUGGCACGACGUUGACCUAUCUGCACACCCAUACAAGACCCUCCGUUACCACAGCAAAGCCAUCCGAGCAGUCAAGUUCCACCCUAGCGGCCGUUACCCCUUGUUCGCUGACGCCAGUGAUGACGGCUCUCUACAAAUCUUCCACGGCAGCGUUACUGGUGACAUGCUUAGUAACGCCAGCAUUGUUCCACUUAAGGUGUUGCGUGGUCACAAAAUUACUGGCGAGUUGGGUAUUUUGGAUGUCGAUUGGCACCCUACUCAGCCGUGGUGCGUGUCUGCGGGUGCAGAUGGAACUUGUCGCCUGUGGUGCUAA